AUGGACGGCCCCGACCAGAUCGGACCUGAUCACCGGCCGAAACAAACAAUCGGCGACAAAGUUUACCGCCUCGUGAGGAGGUUCACCACCAGGGAGAGCCUCAUCGGGGACUAUGACUAUGCCUACCUAUUUACCCCGCGGCUGCCGUUCACCAAAGCGACCCGCAAAUCGGCCCCGUUCUUCGGGCUAGAGGAUCGAGUGCCAGUCCUCCUCGCCCUAAUCCUCGGAUUGCAGCAUGCACUUGCGAUGUUGGCGGGUGUGAUUUCCCCGCCUAUCCUGCUAGGCGGCUCCUCUGGCGUCAACCUCGAUAACGAGCUUUACCAGUAUCUCGUGUCGACCUCGUUAAUUGUGUCAGGCCUGCUCAGUACGUUGCAGAUGCUGCGCUUGCAUAUCUACGGCACGAAGUACUAUAUUGGAACCGGGCUGCUGUCGGUCGUGGGUACCUCUUUCUCCACUAUUACCGUGGGCACCGGCGCCUUUUCGCAGAUGUACAAGUCGGGCUACUGCCCCGUCGACGCAGAGGGAAACCGACUCCCCUGCCCGCAAGGAUACGGCGCCCUGCUCGCCACCUCCUGCUUGUGCUCCUUGCUAGAAAUCGGGCUCUUAUUCAUGAACAGCCGCAUCAUUGCCCGCGUCUUCCCUCCCCUCGUCACCGGCCCGACGGUUCUCCUUAUCGGGGCCUCUCUCAUCAAGUCCGGCAUGCAGAACUGGGGCGGUGGUACCUCGUGUGUGCCGGCCUCGUCAACCGCGACACGACCUAUGUGCCCCAGUGACAGCGCCCCGCAUGCGUUACCUUGGGGCAGCCCCGAGUUCAUCGGGCUCGGCUUCCUGGUAUUUGUGACUAUCAUUUUGUGCGAACGGUUUGGUCCACCUAUCCUGAAGAGCUGCUCCGUGGUGGUAGGUCUGCUAGUCGGAUCGAUUGUCGCGGCUGCCUGUAAUUACUUUGAAGACUCAGGCAUUACGGCCGCUCCCGUGGCGUCCUUUGCCUGGGUGCAUACGUUCCCGCUGAAGAUCUACCCGCCACUGAUCCUGCCCCUGAUGGCCCUCUUCAUCGUCACUAUGAUGGAGUCCAUUGGAGACAUCACCGCUACCUGCGACGUGUCUAAGCUGGAGGUAACGGGCGCCACCUUCGACUCGCGCAUCCAGGGCGGCGUUCUAGGCAACGGACUGACCUGCCUGCUGGCUGGGCUGAUGACUAUCAGCCCGAUGUCGGUCUUCGCGCAGAACAACGGCGUUAUCGCGCUGACCAAGUGCGCCAACCGCACCGCUGGCUACUGCUGCUGCUUCUUCCUAGUCAUCAUGGGUAUCUUCUCCAAGUUCGCCGCGGCGCUGGUUGCCAUCCCCAGCGCUGUGCUGGGCGGCAUGACCACCUUCCUGUUCAGCAGCGUGGCCAUCUCCGGCAUCCGUAUCAUCUCCACUAUCGACUUCAACCGCCGCAAUCGCUUCAUCCUGACUGCCAGCUUUUCUCUAGGCAUGGGCAUUACCCUGAUCCCGGACUGGUGGUCGUAUUUCUUCUCUUACAGCGGCGACAACCACGCCCUGGAGGGUCUGCUGGACGCCGUAGAUCUUGUCAUGGAGAACGGUUUCGCUGUUUGCGCUAUCUUCGGCGUCUUCUUGAACCUGGUCCUGCCCGAGGAGCCGGAUGAUGUUGCGCCGGUGUGGGCUGCGAAUUCAAAUGCGUCGGACGAUGACCGUACAGUGACUGAGAUGACCUCUGUGCAGGGCGAGACGAAGAUGUAG